AUGGGAAGCCUGAUGGUGAAGUUCGUUGUUCGAGCCUGUUCAGGCAAUGGAAUGUCGCUUCCACUUACGUUUCUUGUGUUAGAUGUUGAGGGCAAGUCUACUCUUGUAAAUGAAGGCAAUAUAAGAGUCAGUGUCAUUCCUAUUAUAAGAAAAUGGGGGAGUCGUGAAGGGGCACAACAACACCCGUAUGGUGGCAUCUCCCUCGAGGAUUCGGAUAAAAUUUGCAACAUUCUCGAGUCCAAUGCAUUCUUGAAAAGGAGUAAGAUAAACACAGAGAAUUGCUCCAAGCUUAUGGUGAACCACACGGAUAGUUCGAAGCCAUUUGUUCGGCUUCGCAAUGAGAUAGAAAGCACAGUUGAUGAAGGCGCUGUUGAGGAUGGUGCAAAUGAUGGGAGCGUCGUUGAGGAGGAAGAAAAAACGACUUCGCUUGUAAUGGAAUCACUGCAGGCAUUCAAAGAAGCUUUAGCAAAUGGUGACAAAUCCAUGGUUGCUGAGAUAGAGUCCUUUCUUCUAUCCAUCGAAGUCGAGAAGAAAUCUCUUGAUAGCAAAGUUGCUGCUUUAUCUCAAGAGUUGUCGUCAGAAAGGGAUAGGGUUAUUAGUAUCAGUGCUGACUUUGAUAAUUUUAGGAAAAGGAUUGAAAGAGAACGGCUUUCGCUGGUGACCAACGUGCAAGGAGAAGUGGUAGAGAGUCUGUUGCCUGUGUUGGACAACUUCAAAAGAGCAAAAGCACAGAUCAAGGUAGAGACAGAAGGAGAAGAGAAAAUCAAUAACAGCUAUCAGAGCAACAUGUAUAUUGAGAUAGAGCAACAAACAACUUAG